UGCAUAAUCACUCGCUGACGUACUGCAUACAGUAGCUGCAGCUGAUGAUGUCAUGGCUGGUGGUGCAGUAGUGGUAAUUACAGGUUGUUAGCGCAUGAAGACAUUAUUCAAUCUUCAAGACACCGAGUAAGAUGGAUUCGUUCUUAGCUUCAGCAUCAGAUUUAGACAGCAUUCUUGAUCAGUUUGAACGUAAUGAAGAUUCAAGCACUUUGUUACAACCGGAGCCUUUAACUGCCAAUAAAGCUGUACAACAUCAGUACGUCACUCCACAAUUGCCACAGAUAGUGAACGGUACCAGUUUGUAUCAUACAGAGACAAGUCAAGAAUCCAAGAUACCAGAGACCAGUCAAGAUGGUCACAAGCCAACAGAGUUUCUUAUUGAUCUUUCCGAGGCCGAUUUUGCUCCAGCAGUGUCGUCAGCAUUAACAGUGAAUACAAGAAUGGAUAAUAAACAAAGUAGCAGCAAGUCAAAUGAACACAGUGAAUCAUCAAACAGUAUGAGUGAAGUGAGUAGGCUGGAUAGAUUAUCUAACAGCGUGGAUGAUGGUAAUCAUGAGAAGAAGACUGGUCAUACUAAGAAUGCUAAUUUAACAUCAACCGUUCCAUUCAGUAGUUUGCAAUCUGGAGGUGUCACUGAUGUACACAAACCCUUUGUGUCUGAUCAACACACUAUAGCAACAAGCGUGGAGAAUGUUCAAUCGUGUAAUACUCCCGCAAAUGGUUUGUCGUUACCUGUUAAUGAUGGAAAUACCGAGAAUGCGCAAACAACUACAGCAUCGCAAUCUCUGCAUGAUGGUGUUGAACAACACAGUUUGCCUGUCAUGCCUGUGGACGUAAACAAGAGUGAGGACAGAGUGUUGGAGAGAGGAGAAGUUGACAAACAAACAGAAUCAGGUAGAGAUGACAAGACAAAUGUAACAAGAAAUUCCACUCAAGAGACGUUGCAAGAAAAAGGUGGCGUCGUUGACACCUCCACAAUGUCUCUGAGUAAAGCUAUGACACCGGCUCCUCUAAGACCAGAACUCAUGCAUGAGUACGUCAAACAAGGUGCCAGACCCAAGAUUAUUACAAAGAUUAAAACACAAGAGAGUCCAGUCAAAGCGGUUUCAGACGCCUCAGCUCUCUCCAAACCUAGCAAAGGUGGGAGUCAGCCCAAAACAGCUGUGGGCUUUGGGAAUGUUACUAGCGUUAAAGUCACUGAUGCUGAUCUGGAAGCGUUGGAGCAAGAGGUGGGUAUCAUGUCUGCCCAAGACAAAAAUAAACCACUCUCUCAACCAGUAUUCCCUUCAGUUGAGAACCACACACAGCUCAAACCCAAACAUUUGAAUGUUCAAGAACUGCAGAAUCCAUCGGAUAGAGUGAGUCCAGUCUCUAAAUUACUACAUGAACAGUUUGUCAAAUCACAGCACCGUACACACCAGAAUGCGUCUCCAGGUAAUGAGCUCCUUGGAUUGGAUCCCUUCUACAGCCAGGAUAGUGCGGUUACAACCCCUACCCCUACAAAUACAGCGCCAGAUUUAUCUCAUGCGCCUGCACUAAGUGUUCAUUCUAACAUGUCACUGUCUAAUAACACACAGACACAGGUUCCCCAGAGAAAAGUAGAAACCAAAGACAAUGUUCUUCCUAAUGAUGUGCGAAGUAAAAACGCCAAAAAUUUAUUACGGAACAACCAAUCAUUGCCUGGCAGACCCCAUGUCAAUAAGGGACCAACGGAGGAUCUCUCGGCCCAAAUAAAUAACAGCAACUCACAAUUGAAAAUGCCUAAUGUGGUUAGGGGAGACAUCUCUGAUACUACAGCCCUUCAAGUAGAGUCGCCGGGUACGUCUACAUCAACUGGACCUCACAAUGUACAGCCUGGACUACAACCUGACCAUCCAAAGUAUGGUAAGAACUUCAACCAGCACAGUGGCUUUCCAUCUCCAUCUAAUCUAAACAACACCAUGGACCAAACGCCUGCCCCUCCCUUCAUGCCAGCAGACCCUCCUAGUUAUCAAGACGUUAGAAUGAGUGUGGAAACGGAAAACAAAACAGACAAUAUGAGACAGGGAUUGUCCCUGAAUUUCGAUCAGUCUGGUUCACGUAAGGUCGCCCAGGCAUUACCUCCAAGUCCAAUCGUUGAGAAUGCCGUAGGUAGAGAGGAUGCCUUUAGAGUGGUAGACCAAACACCACCUUCUGGACAAUCUACUUUAGUCGAUGUGUUACCACCACCUACAUUCCAUACAGAGCCUCAUAUAAGACCUUCUCAAGCUGAGGUCAGUACAGCACCUCCAGUUCCAACACCGAACACUGUGAGCCAAAAUAACCAGUUACAAGCAGAAACUGAUUCUAUAACACCAUCUAAUGAGACAGAUUCUGAAGAGGGUGAAUUUAGUCAUCGUGUCAUGGACUAUUCAGAAGGGUUCAUGCAGCUUGGGGCUGUGGCUCCGGUAUGGGUUCCUGACUCAGAAGCACUCAACUGUAUGAACUGUCAACAGAAGUUCACGUUCCGAAAGAGAAGGCACCACUGUAGAGCGUGUGGCAAGGUGUUUUGUGCCAAAUGUUGCUCAAUGAGGUUGAAGUUAAAAUACAUGGAGAGUAAAGAAGCCAGAGUGUGCAUCAGUUGCCUCAAUGUUAUACUCAGAGCACAAGCUCUCAAAAGAUCACAAGGAGAAAAUCAACAAGAUCCCCAGCAGCAACAACAACAACAACAACAACAACAACUGCAACAGCAACAACAACAACAACAACAACAACAACAACAACAGCAACAGCAGCAGCAGCAGCAGCAGCCAGAGCAGAAUAAUCAAGGGAACGUACAGGAAGCUGCAGGCUCUGGUUCUAAUAAUAGAUCAUCACUUCGUAGACCUAGCGCUGAUGGUUCUCGCUCUAGGGAAACUCGUAAGGUUCGUUUCUCUGAUGGUUUGAAUCCAGGGGUUGAUACUGGACGUCAUGCAAUGCCAGCUUCUCAGAGUACGGAUAGGGAACCUAGUGGGAUGGAGGUUAUAACUGGACCCUUCUCAGGUUUAGACGGCAGACCACAAGAAGUAGUACACAGGAGUUUAAUUCCUAUUAAUGCGGAUAGUUUGCCGCCGGUUAUCGUAGCAACGGAGGUCAAAGGAGAAUACAAAGUCCAUGUGAAUCCAGUAGCUGAUGAGCUCAUACAAGAAAUGAGAAAUCCAACGGCUCCUGCAGUGGUUUUUGCUGUCAACAAAAACCUUCUUGUCAGAACAAAGAUUCUGGAUUUGAACUGCUGUGUAAACCGAACCUGUUGGUGUUUCUCAACUAAAGGAAUGGCUACCGUUGGUCAAGAUGAGAUUGUUAUUGUCUUAGAAUGUCUUCCUGAUGAGAAGACUAUACCUAAAGACAUCUUCUUUCAUCUUCAGUCUCUCUAUGAGCAAGCUUCUACUGGUGUGACUGUAUCUCACAUGGGGCAUAGUAUAUUCAGUCAAAGCUUCUUAGGUGGACGUGAGCAUGGUGGAUUUCUCUACCUUCGGCCAUCGUUCCAAUGUCUGGCGAAACUCUUACUACCAGAGCCUCCUUAUCUAUUUGCUGUCCUCCUACAAAAAUGGGAGACACCAUGGGCUAAAGUCUUCCCUCUGCGACUAUUGCUAAGACUGGGAGCUGAAUUCAGAUACUACCCAUGCCCCUUGAUGAGUGUACGUUUCCGUAAGCCAGUGUUUGGUGAGAUUGGUCAUACUAUCAUGAAUCUCCUUGCUGAUUUUAAGAACUAUCAGUAUAAGUUGCCAGUGAUACCAGGAAUCGUGAUUCAUAUGCAAGACAGAGAAACACUGAUUAAGAUUCCAAGGAAUAGAUAUGAUGAGGUCAUGAAGGUUGUGAAUAACUCCAAUGAACAUGUUAUGGCAAUAGCAGCUAACUUCAGCACUGAAUCUGACUCACAUCUAGUAUGUAUCCAGAAUGAUGAAGGCACUUAUCAUACACAAGCAAUCAGUAUACAGAACAAACCAAGGAAAGUCACUGGAGCUAGCUUUGUGGUCUUUAAUGGUGCAUUGAAAACCACAACCGGACUGACGGCUAAAUCCAGCAUUGUAGAAGAUGGUCUAAUGAUUCAAAUACUUCCCGAGACUAUGGCAGCUUUAAGACAAGCUUUAAGAGAGAUGUUAGAUUUACCGAUACCAUGUGGGAGUACACAAGCUGAGCAACCAGAUGAGACUGUAACUAUUACAUGGAUUGAUGAUGAUAAAGCAGUCAAUAUGGGUGUUAUCAGCCCAAUUGACCAUCGAUCAUUGGAAGGGAUUGCAAGUAUCCGAAUCCAUAACGGCACAGAUUACAGAGGUCGUUCAAGAUCACUACGAUGGACAGAGGUAUUCUUCCUGGAGAAUAACGAAUCUCCGGUGGAUUUGAGUCGUUUAGCAGAGAUGUUAUCAGCAGCAUUCUGUGUAGCAUUGACUGGGCAGUUGGAUGAACUGAGAGAAGCUGCUAUGACUAAACUAGCACUCAGAGUUACAGUAGACUCAGAUAAGGUUGGUUACGAAGCUGGAUCUAAGGGUGAAUUGCUGCCACCUGUGUACAUGAAUGAAUUAGACAAUGAGUUAAUACCAGUCUUGCAUAAUGCUGUAUCACAACAUGAAGGGGGACCAGUUGUUAUGGAACUGGUAUUCUACAUCAUUGAAUAGUAUUGGUUUCAAGUUUGGAACCACUGUAAAAGAGCUAAUAUAUGACAUAGUUGAAUAACCUGGUUAGGAAUAAUUACAAGUUUAUGUCUUUUUUUUGCUUUGACAUUAUAUAAGUUUUCACGCAAGAACGAGUAGAAUAUGGAAACAUAAUGUAUAUUGCUUCUACGUCUCAUGUGCAGCAAAGCCAAAGGCUCUACAUUUUUCCAUAUUGUAUGAGUGCUUGUGAUAAUGAAUAUAUCUUCUUAUGGUGUGAUAAUGGCUGUGCAGUGUGGUUUACUAUACCUCAUACAUAAAUAGGAAGGCUAAAAUCUCACCGGUGCAGUCACCAUCACAUACCAGGGCCCCUUUUUAUAGCGCUGCUUAACGGUAAGCACAUUUUUGUGCUUACUGUAGCAGAAAAAUCUGGCCCAGAUGCUAUAUGUGCUGUUUACUAAGCACGCACAGGUCUAAAAUAGCAUCAGUAGUAGACUACCGCACGGGCAACAGUCCAGCACAGUUAAUACACAUGCGUAGUAAACUGUCACAUGUGCUACCCUCAAACAUGUUCAAAUGUAUAAAAUAUCACACUGUUGUUGCCAUGGAUCGACCUACCUAUUAGAAUUGAGGUUUCAAGUUUGGUUGAAGGUAAUAAACUGCUCACAAAAAGUAAGGAAACUUUUUUCAACCCAGUAUAU